UCUUAGUCCAGGGCACUUUCGUUGCGCAUUCCGCCCGUCAGUGUGCCCUCGUGUGGUUGCUUAUACUGCCUACUACGGGACACUCCUCCCUCUCCUCCCUCCCGCGUGACCGCAUCGGGACUCAGCCGGUGGGUGAGGUAGGGGCUGGCUGCUCCUGACUCGCUGGCGCACAACGAGACCCGAGAGCGGCCGAGGUGAGAUCGCUGCGCCGUCGGAGCUGUCCACUGCGCCGUGGUGCUGAACCGCACAGACCGCUCUGCUCCGCGUCCUGCGCCUCCCUCCUCCGUGCUGCUCGGGUGGUAUUUUGGGAUAGGAUUAACGACCUGCCCUCUGGCUGUUUUAUAGGUGCAAACUUCUCCCGAGGACAUCUCUCUCUCACCCACUCUCUCCCCCCAACACACACGCACUCACAGCGGGAAUUACACUAACCGUGGAUUUGACGAGAGGUUCGAGAUUAUCACUAAUAAUAGUUUGUUGAGAAGUGUUUCUGUCGGCCAGUAAUCUCGCUCUUGGAUUAUUUUCCUGGAUGUUGAACGUCUGGACGCACAGGAAGAGACCAAUGGAGGCAGCCGGAUGGAGGGCGGCGGCGCUCUUGCUGUUGGGCCUCGCCGCGCUCGGCGCCGAGGCCCGACCCGACAAGGAGGGACUCAGGUCACCGCUCUAUCGACCCGUCGUGAGGUUCCGGCACAAGGACGGGAUCCCUGAGAGCUUGAGGAUAAAAGGUUUCAUGGGACACAAUGGCCACCCGAGUCCAUGCGAACACAAGUACUGUGGCUUGGGGCGUCACUGCGUGGCCGACCACGAGACCGGUCAAGGGGAGUGCAGGUGCUUGGAUUACUGCAAGCCGCACUACAAACCCGUGUGCGGUUCAGACGGGAAGCUGUACCAAAACCAUUGUGAGCUCCACCGGGCCUCCUGCCUCAGAGGGCAGAAGAUUACCAUCAUGCACAGCGAGGAGUGCUUCUAUAAAGACGAUAACUGCAGACUGAGUGACUACCGGCGGCUGAAAACCAAGGUUUUGGAUUUGCACGACAAGCGAUACAUGGGCUCUAAGUUCCACGGGGCCCACGGGGACAACAUGGCUGCCAGGAAGCAACUGGUGGACGUGAUGUUCAGACGCUUUGAUGCAAAUAGCAACGGUCAAAUAGAUGCCAGCGAGCUCUCACAGGUCAUCAAGCAAGAAGGUCUGUCCAAGGACGUCUCCGAGUGCACCUUGUUUGACCUGCUGAAGUACAACGACGUCAAUGACGACGAGCACCUGACAAAGGACGAGUUUUACACGGCCUUGGAUGUGUACCUGCUCACUCUCCCGGAUGACCAGAAAGUGAGUGUCACCACGGCAACCGUCGGCCAGAGCGCCGUGCUGACGUGUGCCAUCGCGGGGGAGCGACGGCCUCCUGUGCUGUGGAAGAGGAACCAUCAAUAUCUGAACUCGCUGAACCUGGAGGACAUCAACAUCCCUUCCCAGGACUUUGGGGAUGACGGCUCGCUGUACAUCACCAAGGUGACCACGACACACAUGGGCAACUACACCUGUCAUGCCGACGGCUACGAGAAGCUUUUCCAGACCCACACGCUUCAAGUGAACGUUCCUCCCAUCAUCCGAGUUUACCCGGAGAGCCAGGCCAGGGAGCCGGGCGUCACGGCCAGCCUGCGCUGCCACGCCGAGGGCAUCCCCGGCCCCCGGCUGGCCUGGAUGAAGAACGGCAUGGACAUCGCCAGCAAGCUGUCCAAGCAGCUCACCCUGCAAGCCAAUGGAAGCGAGGUGCACAUCAGUAACGUGCACUUUGAAGACACCGGCGCUUAUACCUGCAUCGCCAGAAAUGAUGCCGGCGUAGACGAGGACAUCUCUUCGCUAUUCGUGGAGGACUCCGCUCGCAAAACCUUGGCCAACAUUUUGUGGCGAGAAGAAGGUCUGGGCAUUGGCAACAUGUUCUAUGUAUUUUAUGAAGACGGUAUUAAAGUCAUUCAGCCGGUGGCAUGUGAGAUACAAAGACACAUUAAGCCCAGUGAGAAGCUGCUGGCUCUGCAGGAGGAGGUGUGCCCCACCUCCCCAGGAGAAGAGGUCCAGAGGUGUGUGUGGGCAUCGGCGGUCAACGUCAAGGACAAGUUUAUUUACGUGACACAGCCGACCUUGGAUCGAGUGCUCGUAGUUGACAUCCAGUCUCAGAAGGCUGUGCAGACCGUCGACACCGACCCUUAUCCCGUGAAGCUUCACUAUGACAAAUCUCACGACCAGGUGUGGCUGCUUAGCUGGGGGGACAUGGAGAAGAACCGGCCGACGCUCCAGGUGAUCAAUCAGGCCAGUGGACGAGUGUCCCACCACACCGUUCACACGCAGCCCAUCGGCAGACGCUUCGACAGGGUGGACGACUUCUUCAUUCCCGCCUCCGGCCUCAUCACUAACCACAUCAGGUUCGGCCUCAUCCUUCACCGAAAUGAGCCUGUCCUCCACAAGAUCGACCUGGAGACCACGUCCUACGUGAAAAACAUCAGCUUACGGGAGUAUAACUGCAUCCCCAAGUCCGUGAGCUACACCCAUCUGGGCGGCUACUACUUUGUCGACUGCAGGCCCGACUCCACCGGCGCCACGCGGCCGCAGCUCGUCGUGGACGGCGUGACGGACCGCGUGAUCGGCCAAAACCGCGACGUCACCGGCACCCCGUACGUGUCCCCGGACGGCCGCUACUUGGUCUCCGUCGACGACGGCGACGGCCUGAUGAGGAUCCAGAUGAUUUCCGAGCGGGGAGAAAUCCAGGAGCCCUUCGACAUCCACACCAACCUCCACCUGUCCGACCUGGCCUUCCAGCGCUCCUUCACGGAGGUCCACCAGUACAACGUGUUCGGCAGCUCCGGCCGUCAAACGGACGCUCUGUUCGUGGAGCUGCGCACCGGCAAAGUGAAGAUGAUCAAGAGCUUGAAAGAGGCCACCAAGUCGCCCGAGUGGCCGUGGAGCAGCAGGAACAGGCCCAUGGCGGGCAGCGGCCUGUUCGGACAGUACCUCAUGACCCCGUCCAGAGAGUCCCUCUUCAUCCUGGACGGACGGCUCAACAAGCUCAACUGUGAGAUCACCGACGUCGUCAAGGGCAACGUGGUGGUUUGGGUCGGGGAGUCUUAGGCGGCGACGGCGAGACCCUGUGAGCUUUCUUUUUCCCCGACGGUACUGCUGCGCCGAAUUCUGUUGCAAAGUUUUUGAUUUCGUGGGAACACGACAGUGAACGCCACCGAUUUAUGAACUAAAUUGACCAUUAGUGAAUCCAUCGGAUGAGGGACUGUCAUCCAAAAAAUACAAUUGAGGGAGUAAUUGGUUGAUAUUGCCUGAAAGCCAAGUUUGAACCUUUUUUUCCCCACUGGUUGUAUCAUGUUUGUAUCGACAUGACGUUGCUUGUUGGUAAUCGAUUUCAGAAAAAUUGGUACUAAUCUGUUGACGUGUGAAGCAUAAUUAUUCACUAUUGGUUGUAAUCAGUCUGUGAGAAUGCUGUAGAAAAUCUGUGAUUUGGCAAAAAAAAUCAUAUAUAUAUUAAUAAUUUAAUUAAUCAUCCCAACCGUUUUCCUGUGCCUUCAAGGAAAAUUCCCCUCCAUCAGAGGAAUCAGCAUAAUUAUUCCCAGUGUGACUGCAGACUACACCUCCUCCUUUGACCCCCACCCUCCACCUCCUCCAUUUGUGUGCGGUUCCUCCCGAAAUCCAUUGCGGCCGUCUAUCUGUCCGUCCAACGCGGCCGACUCAGUCUAAUUAAAAGAAUCCCUCGCUGUGAACCAACCCUGUUUGAAGUGGAGAUUGGGAGAGUUUCAUUAGGCUCAGUAAUCUCUGAUCAGAUCGCGACGAGCGUUUGCACAGUUUUGAAUUAUAUCCAUAUUUUUUUUCCUUUUUAGUCCAAAGCAGAACAUUUCAGUAGGAAUGUUAGAUGAGUUAUACCGGCUUUAAACGCCACACAUUGUGAGAUUUGACUUAUUUCAAAACGUUCCUUAGCAGCGAGUCAGUAGAGCACUUGUGUUUUGAAGAAAAUUACGACUUCAAUAUCUGUGGACCACAAAAAAAGAUACGGAAAGCAUCUUCGAGGGCGACAGAGGGAAUUAUUGAAAAACAUGCAUCGCCUGCCCGUUUUUAAAUGGCUGUUUUAAUGUGGCCCGUUGGGGAGCAGCGUAGCUGUUUUGUGCAGAGGCCCUUUGCGGCUUUGCGAAUGGCGAACACCUCUUUCUGAAGGAGACAAGUAAAUGAUCCGUUUCCUAGCUGGAUACAUUUCUAUGCAUUUCCCCACUCACAUUUCUGUAAACCACAAUGGGAAACUCCAUCUCAAAAUUUAGUAAGGACUUUUGAUGUGUACAGAUUAUAUAAAGUCAUUCCGUCUUUCCUCUUACAUCUUACUUGUUUUCUUAUUCUUUUUAUCUUUUCUUUUUUCUCACCCCGGUCACAUUUUUUGCCGACCUUAAAAUCCAAAUGUACCGAUGAUUAUGACCUCUGAGCUUUUCUCUCUUUGUUCCAGUUAGUUUCCCAUCCAGUGUACAGAUCCACGCAGGUCCAGUUCAUAAUCGACACACUCCUUUUUAAGAUAUUUAAACAAAACACACAACUGUCACUUUCAACAUCUUGUACCCCGAGCACAUUGUGAUCAAUGCUUUUGCCUCCACACAGCCAUGUCCCGUAUGUUCCUCCAUGUGAUUGUUAUUUAUAUAGAGAAAACACGCUUGUCCUUCUACCCAACAAUAAAAACUAGACUAAGAAAA